AUGGAUCACACCAGAGACCCCUGCCCCUGGGUUGCGCUGAGCGACUUUGGCGGUGCUUUCUGCAUGGGUGCUAUCGGUGGUGCUGUUUGGCACGGUGUUAAAGGUUUCCGCAACAGCCCCUAUGGUGAGCGCCGGAUAGGUGCCCUUACCGCUAUCAAGGCCCGCGCUCCCGUCCUUGGUGGUAACUUUGGUGUUUGGGGUGGUCUUUUCUCCACUUACGACUGCGCUAUCAAGGGUCUGCGCAAGAAGGAAGAUCCUUGGAACGCUAUUAUCGCCGGUUUCUUCACUGGUGGCUCUCUGGCUGUUCGUGGUGGUGUCAAGGCUGCCCGUAACUCCGCAAUCAUGUGCGCCGUCUUCCUCGCCGUCAUCGAGGGUGUUGGCAUUGGUUUCCAGCGAAUGAUGGCCGACAACACAAAGCUCGAGCUCCCUCCCCCUCCUCCCUCCGAGCAGAAGGCUCUUGCCUAA